AUGGCCCUCGCACUUAUUGGAUACUAUGCUUCCUCAUCCACGGCGCAGGCCUCAUCCUGCAAAACUAUUGAUACCUCACUAUCCAGUUCCACAGCAAAUCCGACAACAUAUUACCCGGUCCAGCCAGCGCCUACUGAGACAUAUCAAUAUCCAGAGACUUCGAGUGAUACUAGCCAGACAUCAUCAUCAUGCGACUCUACCACCACCGUGCCCAGCAGCUUACUAGAGAGCAUGUCAUCAUCUCCUAUACGUAGCUGGCCAGACUCCUAUUCACUGACAGUAACGGAAUCAAUGGAAUCAUAUCCGGUGUCCGAAUCUCAGACGACUCAGCAGACCACUUCACACUUGUCUACGACCUCAGAACAGCCUCCGUAUUCCGCUGAUUAUCCCUCUGUGGGCUCCUCAUCUACUGCCUACUCAUCGACUACCCACUCAUCUAUUGCAUACUCAUCUAUUGCAUACUCAUCUAUUGCAUACUCGUCUAUUGCAUACUCAUCUAUUGCCUACUCACCUACUGGUCACUCUUCUAGUUAUUCCACUGUAUCUAAGCACAGCUGGAGUUCGUCUUCCUACCUCGUAUCCGAGCUAUCUUCCACCGCUAGUCCUGCAGAUCCUUAUCCAACCUCUUCGACAGGCUUAAUCACCAUAUCUUCGUUGAAUAGCCAUGGUUCAUCUACCACGACAGGGAAAGGGCAAUCGAGCAAGAGCUCCGGAACAACCCCGGAUUACCCUACUUCAUCUACUGAAAUUUCCUCAGGCCAAGACAGUAGCACAGAACAUUACCCCUCCGCCGCGGAAUCAAGUUAUGCUACAGCGGUAGAAUCAGAUAACUACACUAUUAUGCCAACAGAGGGCAGUCCUCCGAUCGAGACUGCUAUAGCCGACACCUCACAAUAUAAUCACGGAACAACAAUUGGACACUCUUAUACAAAAGUGCCAGAUUACUUGCCAGCGCCGCCAAGCAAUAUUAAACCAACCGAGACGCCCUGGAGCAGUCCAACUCAAACGCAAUAUGCAGAGUAUCCGGUGGUGCCCACCUUCACGCCGGAAAGCUCCUCGCGCGCAGAAGCACACGGAGAAUCUAGCGUAGAUUCGUAUCCUCUUGUUGAUCCCACUUCAAGCCAAGAUUUGUUUCCAAGCAUAGCGCAGGAGGUCGACGGAAGUAGCAGCCCCGAAUAUAAUACAGGAGGGAUAGUUGGAGACGUAAAUGAAGGUCAUAACACGAGCUCGGACAUGGUACGGGCAGAUACUACCACGGAUAAAGCGUCCAUUAUGACAUCUGCAUCAGUCCUGGAUAGCAUUCAACAGACUGAACCCGAUUCGUCAGAUGCAUACUCGACUGCACGGGCUCAACCGGCCUUGCAGACCUCCGGCGGCGCGGACCCACCAGUACUAGGUAAUGAGCCGGACACCGUGGAGCUAGUGAGCAUUUCACGCCGUUGUGGGCCCGUGCAUCAGGCACUCUUGAUGGCCGCCAUCGCGCUAGUCUAUUUAUAG